AUGGUCAAGCUGUCGCUCAUCUCCCCAAAAGGCAAUCAGGGCGUCCGCUACUUCCCCCACCACGGCUACCUCGGGUUGACUCCAGUCAAAGUCGAAGGGCUUGUCAGAACCAACGUAGAGCAGGAUGGAAAACCUGUCCUAGCGAAGGACGUCACCGUGGCUGUGCGCUGCUACGAGGCUCGGCAUGGUCGUUUUGGAGCCGUUCACUUGAAUGUCCUCUCCGAGCACGUCCUCACUUUGUGGCACAAAGACGACAAUCAGGACUGGUCGGAAAUACGGGACAGCGAAUACCCCUUUCGAUUGUCCGUCCCCUCUAAUGUCGCUGCACCCAGCGUGGCUCUCUACUCUCAAGAAUAUCGCAUAUUCUGGCGCGUAGAGGCAGUCUUGAACCAUGUUCCUAUAGCCGGCGUUGGCUCCCGUCAAGUCAAAUAUUUUGAACUACCCCUCAUUCGCUACAAUUUACCCAUCCACUCAUCCCCCUCAAUACUCGCCCCCUCUCCAUGGCAUACCACUCAUUUAUCCACGUCCAGGUCACGUGGUGUACCAUUGCGCUAUUGUAUUCUCGUUCCCCCAAAUCCAAUCGGUCCUCUUGACAUAGUUACCAUCCAACUCACCGUACAGCCUCCUGAUCAAUCUGUCUCCAUUCGCAGUGCUUCUGCUCUCGUUGAAAGACGCAUAUAUUUCAGCGAAAUACCCUCCAUUUCCCAUCCAUCCACAGAGUCUAUUCCUGCUUCGUCAUUCUCCAAUUGUAGCCCUGAACUGUACCCAGGUGUCGGUGCAUCAUCGCAGAAUUUACAUGCAGCGUCAUCGUCCUCUCUGUACUCUGACUGUCCUUCUCGCCCUCUUCUGCAAGACCACCCUCGUACUCCCGACGAGGCUCCAUCCUUCCCUCCUAGUGAUCGGGCGAUCACGCAUAUAUUUGCGCAUUCUGAGUCAUCCGCGCAUUUCGUUCGAGUCGCCGACGGGAUAUGGAAACAGAAUUUUACAUUUUCUUGGCCCGAAACCAAGUCUAAUAGUAGAUGGUCCGUAGGAGAAACCAUGCAAACAGAGAUGGCUACCGUUAAAUUUUUUCUUCGCGUCAAGUUAAUUGUUUCGUCGCCGUCGUGUAGUGCAGAGACCGUCGAGCUCGACAACAGGGAACUCGCUGUUGUCUCGACUAACGAUUCUCAGAGGCAGACCGCCCUUGCAAGAUACAACGAGUCGGGUCGACACAAGUCCAAAUCACCGCGUUCCUCUAACCGCGAACGCCGUGCGGAACAUGCUGAUCAACUUCCAUCACCUCAGGCCAGUUCCAAUUCAUCACAAGAAGGACCAUUUUCUGCCCCGCCCCGUCACCCCAGCGAUUCCCGUCUUGGACACACCUACAAGUUUUCAUCGGCAUCUGACCCUCACGCUCAGAACGACAAUCACAAGGCUAAACGAUCCCGCAGGCCACAUACUUCUGCAGGGCCACGCGAUAAACCUGACGGGUUUGUGAUGCGUAGUUACGAACCCGUUCCAAGUCAAACGUCUUCCGUUUCUACUGGAGCUCGUAGUCCAACUUUGGUGGCGCCAACCUUACGCUCUUGUUGGCGGCAAAAAUGGCCGGAGGUACCGCGUCUGGGAUCUAGAUCCUCCUCCAACCCUGAUGGCCAUGACAACUCGAAGGGAGUUUCCCAGCGUGACCAGGGUGGCCGUUUGCACGAGCAUAUGGACCAAGUUGAAAUUCGUGCGUGGGAGGAAGAGCCUGUCCGGAUUGAAUCGGCAAACCAAAAGAAGGGCACAGCCAAUGUGCUCGGUUUUAUCUCCCAACGCAAGCGAUCGUCGGGGAUACUGUCCGCCAUACGAACAGUUUUACCUACUGGGGGAUGA